AUGUUGGGAGCGGUGGGCUGUCUGCUUCGAAACAUCCGGGAACUGAUCGAGGUGGAUGAUGUGAUGGAGGACGGUUCCCUGCGCUUCGGUCCCAAUGGAGGACUGGUGUUUUGCAUGGAGUUCACCAGUAACUUUGAGUGGCUGGAGAACUGCCUUGGCCAUGUCGAGGAUGACUGCAUCCUUUUUGACUGUCCAGCUUGUGUUCUUGUCGGUCAGAUCGAGUUGUACACACACCUGCCCGUGAUGAAACAGCUGGUUCAGCAGCUGGAACAGUGGGAGUUCCGAGUCUGUGGAGUGUUUCUUGUUGAUUCUCAAUUCAUGGUGGAGUCGUUCAAGUUUAUUUCUGGCAUCUUGGCAGCCUUGAAUGCUAUGGUAUCUCUAGAAAUCCCGCAAGUUAACAUCAUGACCAAAAUGGACCUGCUGAGUAAAAGAGCUAAAAAGGAAGUUGAGAAGUUUCUAGAUCCAGGCAUGUAUUCUUUAUUAGAUGAUUCUACAAGCAACUUCAGAAGCAAAAAAUUCAAAAAAUUGACUAAUGCCAUAUGUGGGCUGAUUGAUGACUACAGCAUGGUCCGAUUUUUGCCUUACGAUCAGUCCGAAGAAGAAAGCAUGAACAUUGUAUUACAGCAUAUUGAUUUUGCCAUUCAGUACGGAGAAGACUUGGAAUUCAAGGAACCCAAGAGCACCUACUGUGCCACCAUGGUCCAGCACUGUGAAGCCCUGGGCCGUUCUGUUCAGGUGGUGAACUUAGAUAUCGCAGCAGAGCAUUUCAACUAUGAUUUGAUGGCUGACAUCUGGGAACUGAUCGAGGUGGAUGAUGUGCUGAAGGAUGGCUCCCUGCGCUUCGGUCCCAAUGGAGGACUGUUGUUUUGCAUGGAGUACUUUGCCAAUAACUUUGAGUGGCUGGAGAACUGCCUUGGCCAUAUCGAGGAUGACUACAUCGUUUUUGACUGUCCAGGUAGCUCAAUCGAGUUGUACACAAACCUGCCCGUGAUGAAACAGCUGGUUCAGCAGCUGGAACAGUGGGAGUUCCGAGUCUGUGGAGUGUUUCUCAUUGAUUCUCAAUUCAUAGUGGAGUCGUUCAAGGAACAUGAAGAUGAAUCGUCUUCUAUGUUGGAUGAAUAUUUUCAAGAAUGCCAGAACAAAUGA